UGCGCGCGAGUGCGGAGCCGAGCCGGUAGUUGAGCAUUCUCGAGAUCCCAAUUCCAGCUUUGGCCAACCCUGCACCAGGCUUCUGUGGACGACGCCGACGACGCCGACCUCGAGAUUGGAUACCCCGGGAACAUUGGGCGACGGCAAUGUGGUAGCGGGCCUCCCACUCCUUUUUCUCCUCGGACGAGCCCCUUUUCUGCCACUGCUCGACGAUAACUCGAACCCCGAAACGAACACGAAAAAGCUCAGUCCGGGGGCAAGACGCGGCGUUCUCUAGCAGAUGCCGCAUAAGAGCUCGAGGUGACAUAGCGGGUGCUGAGCUUUUGUUCUCCUUUUUCUCUUUUUUUUUUUACACGGAGCAUCACGCUCCCCUGAGCCGGCAAGAUGAUGAACGGAUACGAGAAAAACAACGACGAGGACCCGUUUGCGCCCUCGGGCGGCGUCGUCAGCGCAUUCGACGCAUUCCCCAAGUCAAAACCCCAAUAUGUGACGCGGACGGCGGGCGGCGGCAAGUGGACGGUGGCCAUGCUGGUGAUAUCGGCGGUCCUGACGUGGUCGGAGCUGGCGCGGUGGUGGCGCGGCGUCGAGACGCACACGUUCGCGGUCGAGAAGGGCGUGGGCCACUCGAUGCAGAUCAACCUCGACGUGGUGGUGCACAUGAAGUGCGACGACCUGCACGUCAACGUCCAGGACGCCGCCGGCGACCGCAUCCUGGCCGCCUCGCGCCUCAAGAUGGACCCCACGGCCUGGGCCCAGUGGGUCGACGGCAACGGCGUCCACAAGCUCGGGCGCGACAAGCACAACCGCCUCAUCACAAACGAGGGCUUCGAGCACGACGGCCACGACGAGGGCUUCGGCGAGGAGCACGUCCACGACAUCGUCGCCCUCGGCAAGAAGCGCGCCCGCUGGGGCAAGACCCCGCGCCUCUGGGGCUCCACCGCCGACAGCUGCCGCCUCUUUGGGAGCCUGGACCUCAACAAGGUCCAGGGCGACUUCCACAUCACGGCCAGGGGCCACGGAUACAUGGAGUUUGGCGAGCAUCUGGACCACGAUGCCUUCAACUUCACCCAUAUUAUCAACGAGUUCUCCUUUGGCGAGUUCUACCCCUCGCUCGUCAACCCGCUCGACCGAACCAUCAACGGCGCAAACACGCACUUCCACAAGUUCCAGUACUUUCUCUCGGUGGUUCCGACCGUCUACAGCGUCAAGUCGUCGGCCGGCGGCUUCGGCUCCACCAUCUUCACCAACCAGUACGCCGUCACGGAGCAGAACGCCGAGAUCUCGGAGCGCGCCAUCCCCGGCAUCUUCUUCAAGUACGACAUCGAGCCAGUGCUGCUCAACAUCGAGGAGUCGCGCGACACCUUCCUGCUGUUCCUCGUAAAGGUCGUCAACAUCCUGAGCGGCGCCAUGGUCGCCGGCCACUGGGGCUUCACCAUGACCGAGUGGAUCAAGGAGAUCAUGGGCAAGAGGAGAAGAGCCACCAGCGGCAUGAUCGGCAACAUGAAGGCGGGAUAUGACGACUAGUAGAUGUAGGAUUGAGUUGGAUUCAGGUCUCAUUCUUUUGUUGUAUUGCCGUGUCUGGUAGACAGCGGCAUGUCAAAAAAAACAAGCGCAUAUAUAAACUACGUUAUUGUUUGAGCAAUCCCCCUUCGUGACCCUAUGACGUUGUUGCUCU